UGGCUAAUGUCAUCAGUCUGCGCAUGGUCCGAUUCAUUGAUAUCAGGGAAAGCCGAUCAGAGAUUCAGUAAAAACGGCAUUGUGCUCUGUUCGCUUAUAAAAUUACCGAAUUAGCAAACAUACCUUUUCACCCGUUUGUGGAAAUUCUUAAAGAACAAGACAGAUGUUGAGCAUAGUCAAUGAUCUGGUACUACAAUACCAGCGAGAAAAGGUGGCCGCAGACCCAAGAACUAAAGAUUGGUUAUUAAUAGCUAAUAAUCCAGUACCAGUAUGGAUAUUGACAGCCCUGUAUCUGGCCUUUGUGAUAAUGGGACCAAGAUUUAUGAAGAACCGAGCAGCAUUUGAACUACAAUGGUUUCUUAUAUUAUAUAACCUAGGUUUAGUUGUGUUGUCUGUUUAUAUGUUUGUUGAGAUUAUCCUGAGUAUAUGGGACGCAGGUUAUGAUCUUUUCUGUGCUAAAUAUAAUGGAAACAGUCGACAUGGUGCCAAAGAAUUAAGGGUCGCCAGAGUAUUAUGGUGGUAUUUUAUAUCUAAAGCCAUUGAAUUAAUGGACACAGUUCUAAUGGUUUUACGGAAAAAGUUUGAUCAGAUCUCCUUCUUGCAUGUGUUUCACCAUGCCUCCAUGUUAAAUAUAUGGUGGUGGGUGAUGAUGUUCAUACCCGGUGGUCAAUCAUGGUUUGGUAGUAUGUUGAAUUGUUUGGUACAUAUAGUUAUGUAUGCGUACUAUACUCUCUCAGCUAUUCCUUACUUUAAAGGCAAACUUUGGUGGAAAAAAUACAUCACUAAGUUCCAACUCAUACAGUUUGUAAUUACAUUUAGUCAUACAUUCAACUCAUUAUACUUUACAACUUGUGACUUCCCUCGUUGGGGCCAGAAUCUACUUGCUAGUUACAUGGUUUUCAUGAUCAUCCUGUUUGGCAAUUUCUACAUUCAAGCCUACAUCAGACGUAAGCGAUUAGGAUAUAAAAAAGAGGACACAAAAAGGCGAAACGGACUUUCGACAAACGGCUAUGUCAAUCAUGCUGGCGGUGAUAAUAAUGGACACAUACAUUCCAAAGGGGAAUAACUUGGAAGAAAUAUAGGUUUACUAAUAUUAUUUUGUAUGAAUUAUAGUAUGAAAACAGAUUGUAUGUGUGGAAUAUGAUAUAUUUAUUACUUGUAGCUAGAUAAUAAUAAUAGCUCCAGUGAUCUUCAGUAUGUAUGACUUGAUAUCUAGAGAUGGAUACUCCCUUCUAGGCCUGAAAAAAAUUGAGCUAAAAAUAAUCAUUAUCCCUAUCAUUGAACAAAUUGCGUGAAGCGUGGGUACAUAAAAUCAAAAUCACGUUACAUCAAGAUUUCACACGCAAAGAACAGUUUCCAAAUUUUGUAAACGUUGAUGGAUUGGAGUUUGGAUCUAAAUAAGUGUAGAUUAGAAUUGACUAUGCCCACACAUGUUCUUAAACUUCACUGACAGACCUGUAGAGUUACUGUUAAAAAAAUAUUGUUCAAUAAAUUAGUUCAAGCAUAUUAUAUAGAAUAGUUUGCUCAAUUUCUAAAAGAGAGGUACAUGCUUGUUCAAUAUAAGAUAGGACCUCAUACUUAACAUAAUUAGAAAUCUUGCUGACCCUGUUCUCAUCAUAGGUACCAAGUAUCUUUUGAUGUAGUUGAUGUUUGAAAUAAAAUUUAUACAUAAAUAUAUUUUUAUAAAUACACCCAUGACCAGCUAUAAGACAGUUUGCUUUGGAGUGGGUUUCAAUAUAAGACAUGUAACCAGACUCUCUAUAUAGUGGGUGUAAUCAGUAGUCCGCCAACAGGAGCAGCAUUACAUUUUGUUGCUUGCUAAAGUAGCCCACAAAUUGUAUUUUAGAAAUGUAUUUUCUAAAAUGACGGGUUAAUUUGAUAUUGAUCCCAUUAUCUUUAUAUCGUUUUUAAUUUCUGGGCAGUUUUGAUGAAAAUUGGUAUUAAGAUCUAAAGAUAAAGGAAAUGACUAUCUUCGAAAAAUAAAACAUAUAUGGUAAACUUGAUAAAUAAUUCCUUCCGGCCUAACUGCAAUUCUUCAAAAACAAAUUGUGAUUAACCCUUGCGGCAUAAUUUUAAAUUAGUAAAGAUUUGUUCCCACAUUUUUAUUCAAGAUUUAUUUUGUGUGUGGCAUAGUUUUUUUUUUUCCUGAAUAAUAAUAUUUUCCCUUGAAAAAAAUAUGAAUAAUAUCAUGUAUAUUUUAAUUGCACAUUAGCACAUGAUUAACAUAGGUUUGAAUGGUUAAAUUUCUUUGUGCUUCUUUAUGGUUGAUUAAAUUUAUUUGUGCUUCUUUCUUUUAUUCUCGUUUCAACUUGAUUCAUUAAAUUACUAUGACCUUCAGAAGCAUAAGAGAGCUUGUCAAAAUUAGAUUGCCAAAUCAUGUGUCACAGACUUUAAUUCUUUAUUUGAGCAUUUAGAUUUUUGAAUGUUUAAGUUUAUUAUCUAUUAUUGUUGAACAUAUCUUUGGGUUUUUUUAAUAUGGUUCUUUUGUAGUAAUCUUUUUUUUCAUCUAAAUAUAUCUUAAGUUAUAUGUAGUGAUACAAUUGUUUGCUUGUGCCUAUUUAUAUUUAUUAUGUGUAUUUGCACAUAUACUUUUAGGAUCCCUCUUGUUUAUUAAGGGUGACAACGUACACAGAACCACAAACUGUCUUUGUAUUUGGUUCCAACUUCCAAAGAUACAUAAUAAUGUUAUGCACCCUGAUACCACCGUUAAUUAAUAUCAAAGUAGUGCAUUUGGGCUGUUAAAUCUGGUCAUAUCAAACUUGGGAGUCUGAGAGUUUAAUAGAUAUAGUUUUAAAAGCCAAUUUACAGCACUAAAUGUGUUGGGAUUUAUUAGAUGUUGUCAAAAUAAAAUUAUAAAUACAUGUACUUAAAGUAGCUAAUAAGUGUCUAACUCAAUAUCAUCCAAAGUCUUUGAUAUUGAAAAUACAAAUUAUUUGUCAGUUUAAAUCUACAUUGAUGGGCUUCUGAAUCCAAUAUUUAAGACAAAAUAUACAUUUUACCAUUGGUACAUGAAUAGUGUACCAUGAUGCGUUUCAGCGCCAUUUGUAACAAGGGACUCAAAGAACGAGGCUAGACAUAUUCCACAAGUCAUGUCAAACGGUGACGCCAUAUUCUUAUCUGGAGAGCAUGCGCAAUAAAUACUAUCAGUGUAGACUGGAAUUACCAGACGCUAGACUCUAGCAUCAAGAGGUUGUCAGUUGAUUGAGACUUCUGGCGUAUUUCGCCAAACAUAUCUUAUUUGAAAUUAUAGUAAAAAAAACGGAAAUAAGUGAAUGUAAAUCAGUUUAUAUACAUUCAUAUUACAUUAUAUGCAUUUCGACCCAUUUGUGUCAAUUCCUAGGUCCCAAAUAUUAGCGAUUUAGCCCCUUUAAAACAAAUGCAAAAAUUAAGUAAUUCUAGAAUACUGCAUAUGGCUUGUUAUAGAUUUUGUUUGAAUUUGUUUUCAUCUUGUAUUGUUUGUUAUAUAUCAUUAUUAUAUGUUUAUUGUAAUAAUAGUUACUUCGUUAUAUUAAUACAUCAUAGUUCUAGAAUAUUUCAUUGCUCUAAAUAAUAUAUUUCUAUUUAAUUUAGAUGCAUUGAAAUAAAAACCAAAUGAAUAAGUAGCCAUCAUAGGGCAUACAAAAUAUAUAUUUUUAAAAUUUGGUUACCCUUUUUAUGAAAAGUAAUAAAAUUUUAACAUAACAUUGUUUUGACAGUUACCUGUAUUUAAUUAUACAUGCCACCAAUUCAAAAACCAGGACCCAAAUUCAAGAGAAUAAAAGUAAGAAAUCUUCACAAACAUGUUGAGAUUUGUCACCUGAACAUGGAACCGUUGAAUUUAGAUCCUUCUUUAGUCCAUUCCAUUCUCAGUGGAACAUAGGGCCUUCAAAUUUGGACCAGUAAUGGUUAGUAUAAAACUUUAGAUUUUGAGUUGUUUGGGUGGUUUCAUCUUUAUUUUGUCUCCAUAUUCUGGAGACUAGUUGCAUAGUAGUUUGCAAAAAUGUGUAAAAAAGACCCAGCAAAUCUAAGUAUUGGUUUACUAACAUUUUUAAGAAUUUGGUGUAAAAAAUAUAAUCCUGGAAUGUGAUUAUGCUGCAGUUUUAAAAUGUUGACUGAAUUUUUAUGAACAAUUGUAAUGUGUGUUCUAGCCUUAAGCAGAGGUGAUGUUGCAUAGAAUAUUUCUAUUUGAACAAAUCUUUAAUACCGGUUAUAAUAUUCCAAUAGUGUGAUACUAUGAAUUCCAUUGCUGUAUUAAUAAAUAUGUCUUUAUUUACAUUUAGAUACCCGGUAUAUUGUAUAUUGCAGUGUGUGGAAAUAUAUUUAUUAUAUCUAUGUUACUUUUGUUAUACCUUUUUAAUAUGUAAUUUCCCACUGUUUAUGCUUAAUCAAAACAAAUAGAUUUUUCUGUGAUUUAGGUAAGGUUGUGCCUACCUUUUAGCAUAUUGAAUAGUCUUUUGUACAAGAAAUACAUUUAGUUUUUAUACUGUGAUUGCAUAAAACAGAAUAGGAACAAAUCACAGAGAAAACAAAAUAUUGGAAAAGAGUCCAGAUUACAUUCAGUAAUAAUAUAGUAAGAUAAGAUUUAUUGUUGGAUGUUUUAUACCACUGGCGCCAGAUUAAAAAUUCCUAUUGUAGCGAUAUAACAACUAUCUUAUUAUGGUUUUAUAGAUAACUUGCUAUGUACAUUAUGAAGUUUGUCUCCAUUUUUGUAACAUUCGUGGGGGGUUGGAUAGCCGAAUGGUUAGCAUGUGCGUGCUGUAUCAUAAGGCCUGUCUUUGAGUCAACUGGCGUGGAUUCGAAUCCCCGGUUGUACGUGACAAGGAGUAGGGUCGCCUGUCCAACCUCGAGCGUUUUCUCCGGGUCCUCCCGUUUCCUCCCACUGCUAAAGACCCCUACGCGCAAGCAAAUUAUUGAAAUAACAUUAAACCAUAUGUUAGUCCCGAAAUGACCUAGUUUGUGUUGAGUGGACUUUAAACCCAAUUUCUCUCUCUCUCUUUUGUAACAUUCAUAAUAAUACAAUAAUCAUUAAUUGUCAAUUAAGAAGUUAUUCUUAACUUGCUUUCUUUCUGAAACAUCUUGUGCAAGACAGAUAAGUGUUAUGAUUCAAGUUUGUAAUGAGGAUUUUAUUGCCUUGGACACCCUGGGAACCAUGUUCUGUUAUUGCAGACAAAACUGUAUUGUCAAUUUCAUCAUUCAAUACUGCACGAAGUACAAUGUAAAUGGCACCAUUAAAUUUCUUGUUAAAAAUGGUUAUUUUCAAGGUUUUUUUAAAAUUUAUACAAUUAUACAUGUAAAUUCCUAUUACGAAUUCACCCACAAACAAGCAAACAAACUUACUUCUCUUUUAUAUGUAGAUAUAAUAUUAUGAUAUUUUAUUCUGGUGCAAAUGCUACAAUGUACCUAAAACUUAAGCAAUUGUGUUCACAAGAAAUGCCUGUUUAUAUUAUAUACAUGUAGUCUUGAGAGCCUACACCCUUUGUUUUUCCCUAUAUAGCUGUGUGCUAUCAACAAACUCAUAUUUAUAUAUUUUACUUAAAGAUUUAUAAAAUGUUAUAUUAUUAUAUUAUAAUAAGGAUUGUUUGCUUUAAUUUUCAAGAAAUAUAUAUAUGUAUAAAAAUCAAUUAAAACUUUAUAAAUCUUAAAGGCUAUUAUAUAUCCACUGCAACCUCAACUGCAAUACUAGAGAGUAAAACAAAGGAAACUGAUUACCAAACCUAAUUUAUAAAAUUGCUUUUCCGGAUUGAUGCAGUUGCCUUUGUCUUGUGGACAUUCUGCCUCCUAAGCAGCAUAUUGGUUUAUUUUGCUUACCUGUAGCUGAUAGUUGUAACAGGUUAAAUGUUAUAUUAGAUUUUUGUCAAAAUAAAUAUUGUUUUCUAAUACUUACUGUUUGCUGACUCAGAUUGUAUUUAUAUUAAAAAUGAUAUCUAAAAUGCA